AUGCUCACCCUCCUCCUCAGAUGCUUUCUUUUGACAUUUGUGACGUUUUUGAAGGCUCAAUACCGAUUCAGAUUCAGCACUAUCAGCUUUAUUUCAGCUGCAAUCACCCAACGUUGUAUGAGAUUGAACUGCCACUUCUGCGAGCACGCUCCCAAGCGCUGCAUCAGCCUCUCCUGCACUUCCUGUGAUCAAGUGUUCUGCGAGAAAUGCUGCGUCAGGCACUUGAAGGACAAACCGCAAGCUGAGGCCGGAAGCCCUUGGUCGUGUGCGAUCUGCCGCGUGCAAUGCUGCUGCGUGAAGAAGGUCUGUCAGAAGCAGCACCUCCACUGCAAGAGGUAUCGACGACGAGUAAAGCACGAGCAGCAGAAGUCGAUCAAGGCCCAGGCGUCGUCCACUGAGAGCAAGGGAUCCUCUAUCGACUCCAUCAUCCACAGGGAGGAGCCGACCGUUCAGCCCAGCCUCGUUCCUCACCCCGAAGCCUUCAUCGGAGCCUCUGCCUUCACUCCCAUUCACUCUGGCUCUUGGAUCAUCGCUGGAGCAGAACCGAUCCAGACAGACAUCGGGAUGCUUGCUGGCCUGACCCACCUCAACAUGCUGAGCGAGCACCUGAUGCUCAACGCCGAAAGCCUCGGGCUCAAGACCCUCGCGGGCCCUACGAUCAAUGUCAACGUUUGA